UCGUUGUGUUACUUUUGUACAAGAACACAAGAGAGUUUUCUGGUUGUCUUGUCCUUGCAAUAAGCAAACAGGAUAGAAUAGGGCCUCCUUUUUUUCGGUGUCAGAAGGAAAAUCCCAUCUCCCAAUCUAUCCGUUUUUCAUCUCUGUACCCUCUCUCCUAAUUCUUUGCAUGCGCAAAAGUUCAUGUUAGUUGCACUACUACACAAAUAUUCUUAACACGAUCCCACCACCGAUAUAUAUCCAUAUUAUACACACACAGAUAUAUAUAUAUAUAUAUAGCUCUAAAGCCCUUCUAUCCAUAUUUCAAACCCUACAAUUUCUCAUCUAGCACCAUGACUAAUUCUCCAAAGGGCUUCACCCUCAACAACGCCGACUCUUGUAGAGUCAAGUUUGCCCGUAGAUUCCUCCGAUCCCUAAUCGAAAUCAAAACCCGUCAAACAAAUUAUAAUAACAAUCUUUCCUCUUCUCCUUCUUCUUCUUCAGAAAUCCGCAGACGCAGCGAACGAAUAAAGCUCAAGGCCUACUCAUCCAUGGCGCAUGCAGUCGGGCCAAGGAAGGCAUGGACAAGAGCUCUUCUACUGAAGCUCCACAACCGAGCAAAACGCCAUCGUUUCCGCACGAGAAAGAGAUCAAGCUUGGCUAUGGUACUGAAGAAGAAAAGGGUGUUCAGAGUUAAGAAUCAUGCAAAUUUUUACAAGCCAGCAGCUGAAAGAGGGAAUUAUUCUGUAUUAAAUAGUGACGAGAAAACUGAGAAGCUUCGAGAGCUCGUUCCUGGAGGGAAAGCCAUGGAUAUCUGCAGCUUAUUAGAGGAAACUGCUCACUUUAUUAAGUGCCUUGCUAUGCAGGUUCAAGUUAUGCAUGAGAUUGCCGAUCAGUUAUCCAACUGAGCAUUAAUUUGGGAGUAGUUUGUAUAUAUAAUAUAUGGUUUCAUAUAUUAUACACACGAGACAUACAUGUUCAUGUUAAAAGAGGGGGAAACAAACUAAUA